AUGUUGGGAUCAAAAUUAGAUCUGGUCACCCUGCCUGCCUCUUCAUCUACGAAUCCCCUAGUGCUGCGUCGGAACAACACGGAUCCAGAAUCGAAAUGGAUAGUCCAGAAGUUUGGAGGUACCAGUGUGGGCAAAUUUUCAGUCAACAUUGCUCGUGAUAUCGUGUCGAGCCAUAUUGACAAGCACAAAAUAGCUGUCGUCUGCUCCGCACGAUCUGGCUCCGAGAAGGCUCUGGGGACUACCAAUCUCCUGCUCAAAGCUGCCUCCGAGGCGCGGCAACGACACAAGUUAUACAAUGGUUCCGGUACCAUGACUCCGUCGACAAAUGGUAUCUUCAGGAGGUCAUCAGACGCUUCUCCCACCCCGAUGCGCAGAUCUUCGUCAUCGCCUUCGUCUCCGUGCACGGGUGCAUUAACACCUCUGAUAACACCCCAGACUGGCCAGUCUCAACCGGAAUUCAAUGUCACCAUCGACCUUAUACGGUCAGAGCACAUCAAUGCUGCAAAAGCAUCUGUCAAAAAUCCAGAGAUUCUCCAAGAACUCGAGGCCGAAAUAGAAAGAGACUGUGACUGGCUUCGUAGUUUCUUGUUUGCUGCUCAGGUGAUCAAUGAAAUAUCACCACGUUCGCGGGACAGCAUCAUAGGUUUCGGCGAGCGAUUAGGUUGUAAACUGAUGACAGCUGUUCUUCGCGAUCAAGGAAUCGACGCAGAAUACGUAUCGCUGGAAGAUAUCAUCCCUGUAUCCGAGGAUAGCGACACCGUACCGGAAGGAUCCCUUGAUCAGGCUUUUUAUGAUAGCGUGGCCGCUGCUGUCGGAGAACGUAUCAAAGGAUGUAUACCUCGCGUACCCGUUGUCACCGGCUUCUUUGGCCCCGUGCCGGGUUCGCUGCUCCGCCAAGUCGGCCGAGGAUACACAGAUUUGCUCUCUGCUCUUCUGGCUGUUGGCCUCGAAGCAUCAGAACUGCAGAUAUGGAAGGAAGUUGACGGGAUAUUUACAGCGGAUCCUCGAAAAGUGCCUACGGCACGAUUAAUACCUAUUAUAUCGCCCGACGAAGCCGCUGAACUGACUUAUUAUGGCAGUGAAGUCGUGCAUCCAUUCACGAUGGAGCAGGUCAUUCGUCGAAAGAUUCCAAUAAGAAUAAAAAACGUGGAGAACCCCCUAGGCGGUGGUACAGUUAUUCACCCCGACCCAAAUUUGGGAACACCAGAAGACGAUAGUCCCUGUGAAGCGCCAGUGGCGAUGCUACAAGGCCUCUCUGUGUCCAACGACGAAUUACGCAGGAACAAGCGACUGCCAGCCGCUGUGACAAUAAAAGAACGCAUUGUUGUACUCAACGUCAAAUCGAAUCGAAAGAGUGUGUCUCACGGCUUCCUGGCUGGGAUAUUUGGAACCCUUGAUCGCUUUGGCGUGGUCGUAGACCUCAUUAGCACCAGCGAAGUACAUGUCAGCAUGGCUACCGAGGACAAUCUGUCCAGAACGACUAUGGAGCGGCUGGUGGCAGAACUAAAAAGGAGUGGAACCGUUUCUGUGCACCGUGAAAUGGCCAUUCUCUCCCUUGUUGGCCAACAGAUGCGCAACCUGGUUGGUAUAUCAGGACGCAUGUUCACUUCCCUUGGCCAGGGUAAUGUGAAUAUCGAGAUGAUCAGCCAAGGCGCUAGCGAGAUCAACAUAUCGUGUGUUAUUGAGGCCCGCGACGCUGUCAAGGCACUCAAUCUCAUACAUCAAAGCUGUUUACAAAUAAAACCCGAGGGGCCGAGAGGGCGAGGUUGGUUUGCUUCGAUUCUUGAUGUUCGUUUUAAGAUUGACGUGAUUUGA